GCGAUGGUGGGUCACCUAAACUUGCAAGGGAUGGAUGAGAACUUUGAGACAAAAUGUAAGAACUGGGAACGUUUUUUGGACAGUCCUGACUCUGGGCUCCCUCCAAGCCCGAGUCCACCUUUGUUUGCACUUUCUCCAAGGAUUCCUGAAGGUGAACGAAGCCCAACAAUCUCCAGCGUUAACCCAGCAGCAGCUACAAGGAGCCGGGAGGGCAAACUGAUUCCCUACUUCGUCCUGAAUUCACCCGCAAUGGAUCCAAGGCCCAGGAUGCACCCUGUGUUUUUUGGUGAAAGAAUUGAAGUCAAAUGUGAAUCAGCGCAGGAAAUACGGUGUCACUCGGUCGUGAAUUAUGACUCAGACAAACACUAUCGGGUUUGUGUCUAUUACCAAACAAUGCCAACAGUCACCUCCUACAGUGAGACAGUCAUCACCACUCCCAACUGCACAUGGAGGAAUUAUAAAUCACAGCUGAUCAUUGAACCAAGGCAGAAACCUCUCCGCUUUGAGAGCACAACCAUCAUCUUCCCGAAAUAUGCGAAGAACAUUUACAGAACGACACUGAACUACAACGCUGGGAGUAAUCGGAGACACUUCAUGUCCAGUGUCCAGCUACAGACCGUAGGCAAAGUGAAUCCUUGCCUCAUCUACACCGAGGACCUGUGACCUUUGACCCGCUGGGUUGCCAUAAGCCAAGAGCCUGUUGUU